AUGCCGGGGGGGAUGGGUAUGCCGGGGCAGUACCCCCCCGGUGGCAUGGGCGGUUAUGCCGGAGGGGGAGGGGGAGGGAUGGGCGGGGGGCUGAACCCGAUGAUGACGGGCGGGGUGAUGAUGCCGGGUGUGCAGGGUAUGGGCGGUAUGGCGCAGGGUGGGAUGGGCAGCUACGGUCAAGCGUUACACAACCUCGGCUACGACUACAACCCGCCCUCUCUGGGGUACACUGCCAAAGCCAACUGGUCCCCCUGGGACCUCGCCAACGCGCAGUACAACGGCGCGCACCUCGAUAGAGGCUUUUUCGACAAUAUCGUACGUCUUUGUCGUGAACACCAAGCACUCAAGAAUCAUGCAAGCUUACAAGAUCCCCUUCUUCACCCCCACUCUCAUUCUUUUGAACGGCCGCAUACUCCGCCAUCUCCUCUUCGACGUACUGAAACACCUCGCCGCACUCGUUUUGCGCCUGCCCUCGACUCGUCGGACGACCCACCGGCGGAACGAAAUAUAUUACCGUCGACGACGAUCCAAAAGAUCUCGACGCUGACCAACUUUUUCACAAGCCGUCAUCUCAGUGAAGAAGCUGCAAGAGAUGCUCACCGCCGGGUGUACUACGCGAACGAAGGCUCUGACGCCGGCAACAAGACCCUCGGCGGCGCCGCGGCCUACCAAGCAUAUCUUAUCUGGGACAGGGACCAUUAUUCGGCUUAUCAUGCGAAUCCGUUGCAGGAGAAUAGGGAGAGGCUUGUGGGGCUUGCUGUUGCUGAACUGUUCAGUCUUUGGGACAGAGUCUUGCCGAGGAGUACGAGGGCGAGUAUUGAGGAUGCUUCGCAGUAUGCGGCUGCGACUGCUAAACAUCUGUUUGAUCGACACUACGACAUAGAUCGAAACUACAACAACUAUGCCAGGUCCAACGCCGGCGGGGGGUCGCACUAUUAUGGCUACAGAGACGACAGCGGGGCGUCGGAUGUGGAAGAACGAAAUCAUAGGAGGAGGAGUAUGUAUGGUCAACAAGCAGCCUACGGUCCGGGCGGGAGUCAGCCGCCGGCGGUUAUGGGUAUGAAUGGUGGGCUUGGUCAGCAGAUGGGCGGUGCUGGGCAGAUGGGCGGUGGUAUGGGUGGAAUGGGUAUGGGAAUGCAGCCUGGGAUCGGAGGACCUAUGGGCGGGAUGGGGAUGUCUGGUAUGCCCGGUGGCGGUGGGAUGGGCGGGAUGGGGGCUUAUGGCCCUGGCGCUGGUAUGGGAGGGAUGGGAGGGAUGGGCGGAAUGGGUAUGGGCGGUGGUGGUAUGGGCGGUGGUGGUAUGGGCGGUGGUGGUAUGGGCGGAGCUUACGGCGGUAUGGGCGGCAUGGGAGCCUACGGCCCUGGCAUGGGUGGGAUGGGGAUGGGCGGGAUGGGAAUGGGAAUGGGAGGUAUGGGCGGCGGGAUGGGUCUGGCACAAGGUAUGCCCCCUCAUGGUUCGUUUGGUGAAGGUCAAGCUGCUCCUGGCAUGCAUCCAUACCACUACGGCACCCAAUCCGGCGUCGCGUGGGGUAAUCAGCCGAUCGAUUCGGGGGGGCACAAUACGUUUCUGCAGGGGGGAGGACAGAGGGGGUUUUAUGGGUAUGGACAGCCGUAGAACAGGUAUUUUUGAGCCUGUUCGGGGUCUUUGGGGUCUUCAUGUUGAGUAUGAGUCGGAUUGGGAGUCGGUAUCGGAGGCGGAGUUGGAGUACGGGUCGGAAGGGGAAGAGGGAGAAGGGGGAGGAAAAAAAGGGCGAUUGUCUGUGUCGAAAAGUGUGCGAUGGAAAGAGGAAGGGGAACUUGUGUCUGAAUACGGGUAGAUCAGAUUUAUAUCCAUCAUUAUUUAUUCGUCGUUCGAGUGGGGGUCUAGGGCGGUGUUUCUUGAGAUUGGGAGGGGGUGGUGUUUAUGUAUCGAUAGGUAAUUUGUGCGUUUGCUGGCUCUUGUACGGGGCGAGAUG